AAUUGUAUUCAUUCGCAAUGGAGGAAAAAGACAAGUCUUCAUGAGGAGACAUCAUUUAUGCUGAGUAUUUUUUUUCGCCUUACAAGCGAAAUGGAGCCGUUCGAGUCACCGGACGUGAGCAGUACGGAUGACUCCGCUGUUGAAAAAAGUCCAGAACUUUCCGCUGCGAUGCGGGCUAAAAUAGAAAGAAACCGACAGCAGGCAUUAAUGCUCCGACAAGCCCGAAUAGCGAGCCGGCCUCUGGCAGCGACACAAGGCGGGACUUCGGCAAAAGUUUGCAGAACCAUUGACUCCGGUGCUGGCUUUUUCAUUGAGGAGGAGGGUGAAGAAGAAACCCAAAAGACGAUUAAGGUUGUACACCAGCCAGCUCCAGUCAUAGAGCCAGACUACCUUGUGUGUGAUGACUGUCAAAAACCCUUUAUGGACUCCUACCUCAGCAACAGCUUUGACCUGCAUGUGUGUGACAAGUGCAGAGACAACGAUGAGAAACACAAGUUGAUCUCCAGAACGGAGGCCAAGCAGCACUACCUGCUGAAGGACUGUGACAUGGACAAGAGAGAACCUCCGCUCAGGUUUAUACUGAAGAAAAACCCGCACAAUCCACGCUGGGGGGACAUGAAGCUCUACUUGAAACUACAGGUAGAGAAGCGAUGUAUGGAGGUGUGGGGUUCGGAGGCAGCCCUGGAGGAAGCCAAGGAGACAAGGGAAGGAAAUAGAGAAGUGCAGAAACAAAAACGCUUCAACAAGAAAGUCAAAGAGCUGCGCAGAGCAGUGAGGAGCAGCAUGUGGACCAAAGACACCAGCGCUCACCAACAUCAGUACGGGCCAGAGGUGGUGGUCGAUCCGGAGGAGGAUCUGUACAAGAAAACCUGCACUACCUGCGGACAUGAACUUACAUAUGAGAAGAUGUAAACUGACAUUCCAUAUUUGAUACCUCUACUCGGAAAUAGAUGGUUUCCUCAAACUGUUCAGGCCUGAAUAAAGCCAAUGGACAAAGUUGGAUAUUGAAAGCAGUCAUGCAUGUUUAAUACAUAACUGCCAACUUUAAUUUAUAUAUUUGAGCUCACUAGAUUGCUGGAACCAUUAGGUAUUCAUCUGCAGAACGUCCAACACUGCCCUGAUACAAAUGGGUUAAUCAUAGGGAUACAUAUUUCAUGUGCUUUAGACAUGCUGCAAAUGUCCAUAUGUAAUUGGACGAUUCAAAAAUUGAGCCACACCAAGUUCAGGGCUCUUCUGGUGUUGAAAUGUGUUUUUUGCAAUUUUAGUUAGGCGAAUGCAUUCGGAGAUUAAUGAAAUGGCACACAAGUCAGUUUGGUAUGAAAUGUUUUACUCUUGCAAUCGUUUAAAACUCAAAUUUCUUGUGAAUCUCUGAGUCAUUAAAUAAAAAGGCAUCUUCGUUGGUGUCAACUUUCAACCCCUCAAUCUCAUCCUGUGAAGACAAAUCAAUGGAUCAAGCGUCAAUGUGAAAGUUGUAAAUGUGCGCAUAGCAAGUUUGUAUAAACAUUUUUCUUCAUUGAUUAUGGCGCUGUUAUACAAUAGUUGCAACUGCUGAAUAAAAUUGUCAGUGUUGAAACUCAUUACUCAACCAUCUGAGAUUUAUGAAUCUAAUUCUAGUACAGUAAUCCCCAUUUGGCUCCAUAAUAUUCCUAUGGAAGUAUGCAAUUUGAAUUUGAUAAAUCCAAUACAAAAUAGUUAAAAAAUUAGAAUAUGCAGCGGUUUUCAGU